GAACAGACUCCAGACAUGGUAGAGGAAAGGAUGGGGGAUUGUUGGAGCUACACCAAGGAUCAGUUCGACAACUUAGAGAAGCACACACAGUGGGGUAUCGAAUUUGUGGAAAAGUACACCAAAUUUGUGAAGGAGCGAUCAGAGAUCGAAACCAACUAUGCAAAGCAAAUUAGGAAUCUUUCAAAGAAAUAUCAGCCCAAGAAGAACUCACGAGAAGAGGAAGAAAGCAAAUACACCUUCUGUCGAGCCUUCCUGAUGACACUUAAUGAGUUGAAUGACUAUGCUGGUCAACACGAGGUCAUUGCAGAGAACUUGACGUCUCAAAUCAUAACCGAGCUAACGCGCUAUCUGCAGGACCUCAAGACUGAGAGAAAAUCGCAUUUCCAUGAUGGGCGCAAAGCACAGCAGCACAUUGAAAGCUCGUGGAAACAGCUGGAAGCGAGUAAAAGAAGGUUUGAGAGGGAUUGUAAAGAGGCAGACAGAGCACAGCAGUACUUUGAGAAGAUGGAUGCUGACAUUAACGUGACUAAGGCUGACGUGGAAAAGGCACGACAGCAGGCUCAGAUGAGGCACCAGAUGGCUUCUGACAGUAAGAGUGAUUACUCCUCUUACCUACAAAAAUUCAACCAGGAGCAGAAUGAUCAUUACUACACAAUUAUCCCCAACAUUUUUCAGAAACUUCAGGACAUGGAGGAAAAAAGAAUUGAGAGACUAGGAGUAUGCAUGAAGACAUUCUCAGAAGUGGACCGCCAAGUGCUUCCCAUCGUGGGACAGUGUUUAGACGGCAUGACAAAAGCUGCUGAGUCCAUCGAACCCAAGACUGAUUCGAAGCAGGUGGUGGAGUCCUACAAGUCUGGUUUCGAGCCUCCAGGAGAUGUGGAGUUUGAGGACUACGGUCAGGCCAUGAAGAGGACGGUGUCUGAGAACAGCCUGUCUAAUGCCAGAGAGGGCAAAGAGAAGCCAACUAGCAAGAGUAAAGGCAAACUGUGGCCUUUCAUUAAAAACAAAAACAAGCUUAUGUCCCUGUUAACAUCCCCCCACCAGCCCCCACCUGCCCCCCCAGCUUCAUCCCCACCCUCACCCUCUGCUGUUCCCAACGACCCCCAGUCUCCCAAGCAGCAAAAGGAGCCCCUCUCCCACCGCCUCAACGACUUCAUGACCUCCAAACCUAAAAUGCACUGCCUCCGGAGCCUGAGGCGAGGGCUUUCUCUCAAGCUGAUCACACUCAAUUCCCACGUACGGAGUCUCAUUGAGGGUUCUGGACCGGAGGACUUCAGCCACCUGCCACCAGAGCAGAGGAGGAAGAAGCUGCAGGGCAAGAUUGAUGAACUGAAUAAGGAUAUUCAAAAAGAGAUGGACCAGAGGGACGCCCUAACGAAGAUGAAAGACGUGUACGUGAAGAAUCCUCAGAUGGGAGACCCAGCCAGUGUGGACCCCCGAUUAUCAGAAAUUAGCCAGAAUAUUGAGAAGCUCCAGUCUGAAGUUCAGAAAUUUGAGGGUUGGUUAGCAGAAGUGGAAGAGAGGAUGCCUUCGAAGAGUGACACACACAGAAGAAGUGGAUUCUAUGAGACCCAGAACAGCACAACAGUGAGCAACAACUGUGCACAGGACAGAGAGAGGCCCCUGAGCAGCCCGGAUGGCAGCUACACAGAGGAGCAGAACUCGGAGAUUCAGGUCAAAGCCAACCCCAACCCCACCUCCACCACGCCAGAGUUUGAUGAUGAGUUUGACGACGAGGAGACCCUGCCUACCAUUGGCACCUGCAAAGCCUUGUACCCCUUUGAAGGUCAUAAUGAGGGCACCAUCGCAGUGGCUGAGGGAGAGCUGCUGUACGUCAUAGAAGAAGACAAAGGAGACGGCUGGACACGAGUGCGGAGGAACGAGGAUGAGGAGGGAUACGUCCCUACUUCUUACAUUGAAGUUCUUUUGGAAACAAAUGCCAAAGAUUCCUAAAUGUGCGAGGUUGGCUGAGGAAUGGCAGGGCAAGCAGCCUCGGAGAAACCACCGUGUGAGACAGAGAAAGAUGACCUGAAUCUUAAAGAGAGAGAAAGAUGGCCAAUAAGAACGCAGCUGAUUUUUUUUCCAAACGUUACGAAAAAAAGAAAAAAAUUAGCAGCGUCGUGCUUCCACUGCAGAACGAUGUGAAAUCCAUCUAAAUUUUAGAGCUCAUAACCUUUUCCAUUCUUAACACCCACUCAGAUGACAGUACGCAAUUUGCUUUGUGUUGUUUUUCAGCAAAGCUUUGCUUCUUAAUGUAACUAAUUCCGCUUGCACUUGUGCGCGAGUCAUGAACGAGGCUUUUGGCUUCCUCGCUCUCAAUGCUGUCCCUCCCCUCCAGCCCGGCUCUGUACUACUUUACCUCUGCCCCCAUGGCACACAUACACACAUACAGGAGAGGGUGUGGUCAGAAAUAGGACUGAGACGGGAAGGAAAACCAGCUGGUUGAAGCCGUGUGUGUGUUAGAGAGCCAUAAAAUCCUGACUCACUCAUUGAGACUCAUCCCAGGCUCAUCUUUAAGAACAUCUCCCCCACUCCUCCCUUAAAAUCAGCUCCACAUUUGCAGGUUUCCCAACUGGAAUCAGAAGAAGGUGCUAAUCAUCUUUCUCCAUGUUAAUGUGCUUCUUGUUUUGUUUAAUGAUCAGAAUGACUUUGUUACUUAAUGUCCAGUUUUCUCCUCUUAUAAUCACGCCCACAUCCAGGAUUAGCUGGAGGGAAAAGCUACAGAUGAUGGGUCAUCCAUUCCACCUUCACACUCAUCCAGUAGAUGUUGUCCUGUCACUGGUGUCUUUUCCUCUCUCUGGCCACACCCUCCACCCCCUUCACAUCCUCAGGCAGCUCAGGCUAUCUAUGCUAUAGCUGCUUUGAGACUCUUUGUUUUUUUUUCUUUUUCUUACGUUUUUAGUUGUUUUUGCAACAGCUCGGGGCGUUGUGGUGUGCUGCAUGCUUGCCCUGUCUUCCUCUUCGCCCCCUCUGCUGGUGGCUCAGAGAUGCGGCGUUAAGUCAGCUUACGCCCUUCCCCCCAUCUCCAGCCUUUCUGUUAAGUUAACCCUCAUUGCCUGGUCAUACUGUUUAAAUUAACCUGAAUGCUAUUGUUUGGGUUCGGUGCCUGUUUUUUUCUUUUCUUUUUUUAUAUUGAAUUUCUUUUCUGUUUUUGGUUGAGAAAGCAUGUUUCCCUGUUUUUAACAGCAAGUGUGUGAUCUCCUCCUCCUCUCAGUGUCCCUUAAAAAGGACAAUAAGAACCUGAAAUGUUUUUCUGAAUGAUCUUAUCCAUAGUUAUGGUAGGUUAUGGAUGUCCAUCUUUUUCUGUAUGUAUGUAAAAAUGUUAGUUUUUUUUUUAUUUUUUUUCUUAAUUUUGUCUAACACAAGUUGUGGUUAGUUUACAGUAAAUCACCAUGUGGGAAUACCCCCCACUAGAUACAAGCAACCCAAAAAUACCUGUGUCUACUGUAUAUGAAAAUAUACUGUGAUGAUCCUUUUUCUGUGACUGAAAUGUGACAACAUGCAGAUUAUCACUUGAUUUGGGCCUUAAACGGGUUUCUAUUCUCACUGAGAAAAAGACUGAUGCUGAUGUGAGCUGCAGUGAGGCGAGAGGAUUAAGAUGUGAUUAGAUUUUUAUAAUCAUAAAACUUUCAGACAAAACAACGGAAGCCCACUGCCCCCCCCCAAACGGCACAUAAUGUACAUGACUUUAACUUCUUGUUGAGUGGAGGUUCUCAUUCUUCUUCUUUUUUUAGCUGGAAAGUUGUUGCUUAUUCUGCUUAUUGUCUGGAUGAAGUCAUUGUUCAUCUAAUGCAAAGUUUCAUGAACAUUUCUCAUGUGGAAGAGUAAUGGAAGUGGUGUCAACUCAGACUCAUGUUGGAGGAAGUCAUAAAUUCCUGCUGAAUCAAGUUGAAGAGAACCGCAAAUGCUUUGUCACUUCACACAUCAAAAUACAAAUCAAAAUUUUCCUUUUGUCACUGUUUUCUGAGUGAUAAAUGACAAGUCUAGCAGUAGCUUUAAGGUAGCCAUCUGCCUGCUAUUGCACUCACUUUAAACCACAGAUCUUUCAGCCCCAGAAUCACCUGCCUGUACAGAGGAAAUGACCUGUUGGAAUUAGAGAGAAUAUAUAAGACUAUAUAAAUAAAAUUUAAAAUGGAAAACAUCUAUUUUAACUAUUGAGAGUCUUACCAUGACUGCUUUGCUAAAGUAAGACUUCGUUUCCUUUGUAAGGUCUACCAAAUGGUGUGUUUUGCACUUUUUUGUUUGUGUUCCAUUUGGUGACCCAUGCUUGUGUUUUGGAGCACUGAAUACUUUGUAUUGUGUUUACUGUGCCAAUAAAUCUGCCUGAAAAAGAAA